CAGGUGCAGACAUGCCCGUGUGUGUUAGCUGAUUGUUUGUAUAGGUAUGUUGUUGAUGGAAGAAUAAAUAUUAAAAAUGCUGUGAAAACCAGAACCUUAGUUCUGCAGCUAAUACACAUUUACAGUCAUUUUGCAUCACAGACAACUGGGAGAUGUUUUUGAGAAUGUAACAAACAGCCCAGCGUUAAGCAAUUUGUCAGAUGUAAUGUGCCCAGAGUUAGAACAAAAUUAGAUUAUUCAGGAUACUGGGAGAGUUUCUUCUCUGGCAUUUUAGUUUCUGAAAAGUUCAUUGUAUGGUUGGAAUACAUUCAUUCUUUUGGAACGUAACAACUUUUCAGAAUUGUGCUAGUGGGUAUCUUAAUUACAAUGCUGGCUAGAGCUGCACCCCUGGCUUACCUCCAGACAGAUUCUGAUCUCCAGAACUCUGUUACGCUAGCUACACUCGUAAUUGAGAUCAGAAUCUGAGCUGUCAUUUUAUAUAGUGCUGCAGUUUCAAAUGAAAUGUGCUCACAUUUUACCAGUAAAUCUGGCACUGCAUUAGGAAGAACUUGGAAAACAGAUAAGGGGAAAAUGUUGAUACUGCUUUGAAAGGUGUGUGUGGAAGCCCUGAGUUACUCCCAGGUUUUAGGAAAGAAUGUGGGGGAAGGCACCAGUCCUGGUUUAUGGUGCAAAAGUAGAAGUUUAGAUGUAUGUGAACUCCUAUUUCAGUUGCUUACUUGGAGUUCUGUUUUAAACAGAGUUAAAAGGAACAGGAGACUUUCAGAAAAGGGGACCAGGGGGACGAAAAGCAAAAACUGGACUUUGAGGAAAAUUCUGAAGUCAUUUGCUAAUGAGCUUCAGCAGUUCUCUGACUAUUUAUGAGGCUGAAAUUUGGACGGGCAUCUGAUAAACUGGAAGAGUGAGCCUAGAUUCACAGAACUUGCAAACCUGCCAAUAGUUUCGAUCCAGUGCUCUGGUUGGGAUUCGUCUUAUAAAGAUGGCCAUGAACCAAGAAGACCAGAUGCAGAUCUGGACCGCCCCAAAGAAAUCUUGUCCCAGUUCACAGGUUUAAUGUAUGAGACCAGUGAUUCAGGGAGCAAUUUUAUGCCACUAAGAAGGCGGGGGAUUGGGAGAGGAGGAGGGGAGAGGGUCUAAAAGAGAUUGUCCCUCUCUUAUGGAAUGGUCCCGAAAAUGAAAAGAUUUGAAAAUUUGUAGUAUUCUAGAAGGUUAGCUAACCCAUUCCUCUGACCAAUGGAAGAAUGUUCUCGAAAAUACAUUCUCUGUGGUUUUGGCCAGUUUAGUUUUUAAUCCCUCUAGCAAUGGGAACCCCAUCAUUUCCCUUGGGAAGCUACAACCUAGUUAAACAGCUCUCACUGGUAGGAAAUAUUUCUUGUUCAGAAAUGUUUCAGCAUCAGUUUUCUUUUGCUCUGUUUAUCCCCUUACAGCUAGUAAUCUCUCCUUUGGGAUAUAGUAAUCGUAUCACUCUGAAAAAUGCAGCAAGCUCUGGGCUGAAACACUGCAGCUGUUUAACAGCACAAAGCAACAGUGCACAAUCCGGGAAAUAUGGAGUAAAGGUUUCUAAGUUUCCAGUGAACUUUACCAGAAAGGGGGUAGGGUUGGGACAAAGCACAUAGGUUCCUUAAAAUACAGCUAGGUAGGUAAGACAAUGCAAGUUUUUUCAUAAAAACAUGUGUUUCUUUACCAAGAGCAAAAGACCAGGUUACUGUUCUGUAAAUCCCCAAUAUAGACUCAACUAUUCUUGGAGCCUCCCAAAUCUGACCCUGUUCAACUCAUACAAGCUGAGGCAGUUACACUGCCAGCUACUACUGAGCAUACUGCAGGGCUGUUCCAUUCAGCAUAUACGUUAUACUUCAGUGCUUCUGUUCCAACAUGGUUAUUUUCCUUCUGUCUUCCUUAAAUCAUAUUUGUUUUUUGCUAGCCGACUCCCCUAAAAGGCCCAGCCCCCUUUGAUCCCAGCUGUGUCAUUCUUCAUUUCUAAGAUAACUUGGCCUUUCAAAACAUUUGGAAUAUAUUGUAUAUAUUUCACUCUGCUCCAGUUCACAGUAUAAAUAAAAGAACAACCCUCAAAGCUGACUCUUAAGCUAAGCUCUUCCCAGCUGGAAAAGGUUCCAUUUAGAGCUACCGUGCUCACCACUUCCUGUUUUCAAGUUUUCUGUUAGUAUCCAGCUAGUUCCUGCGGUUCCUUUGCUUCUUGUCAUUUUUUUGGACAAAGUUUAGAGUAUUUUCUUGUUGUUUUUUUGUUGUUGCAUUGUGUUCUGUUUAGAAGACUUUUCAUAAAAUUUCUGAAAAUCAGUGUCAGAGAUCUGGCCUUUGUGUGACCAGAUUUGUAAUUUCCUCGCUCAAUUCCAGGUCUCAUUAUUGCAUUAUUCAAAGCAAAUCUUUUCUGAAUCUGAUACCAGGGCUUUCAUUAUGAUUGAAGUAGACAUAGUUCCCAAAUAAUUCAUCCCAGUCUUUACAUCUGCCCAGGCACGUUAUCUCUAAUGUCGGCAUGUCUGAGGUUUGUUAUAACUGGUAGAGGACCCACGUCCUGCAGCCCAAACUUCGUGAAUACUCCCCGUCAUGUCGGUUGGUCUGGUACAUCUGUGACUUGUAAGAUGAGAGGGGAAUCCGCUCUCUGUGAGUUGUUCAAUUUUGGCCUCUCUGGGGAGACUGCCAGCAAGUGGGCAAGAAGUGCUAAUUGGCAUGGCAAUGAUGGGGAUGUGGUCACCUAUGAUAAGGAGUUGGCAGAGACCCACCACCAACUUUCACAUAAUGCAGGCCAAAGAACUGUUUAGUACCAAGAGCUUGAUAAUGGCUCUCAGUGACAUUGCCCUGGUCUAGAUUACAACCAAGACUCUCCCUUUUAAUCUUGCUUCUGCUCAUUGUUCUAGUUUUUCCAAUAAUUCUCCAGAACUGAUUCCUAGACAUGGGUAUUCACAGUCCUCUGCUGCAUGUAUUAAAAUGCCAGAUCCUGAGCUGUUGUAAAUCAGUGUAGCUUCAUUGAUCUCAGUCGAGUCAUUUGUCUCAUAGGGCUACACAGAUUUAUACCAGCUGAGAAUCUGGUGCAUUGUGUCUAUUUGGUACUUUGUUUGCACAACACAGAUGGCUUCUAUGCCUUUAAUGCCUUAGACAGUGGACAUUAGGAUUUUAAAAAGCCAAUGCUGAGAGAAUACAAAAUACAUUCAUAGCAGUUGAUAAUUUCACAAUAUUCAAGGAAAACUACUGCAAGACUCUGGACAAUAUUUGAGAAAUAAAUGGAAAUACUCCAGUGGAAACUUUAAGAGUUGGGAAACUUUCCAUCUCUGUUUUCCAAGUUCCAGAUUGAAUAUUGAGACAACAGGGCAGGUUCUCAUCUCAGGUAUACUGGUGUAAAUGCAGAGUAAACCUACUACAGUCUGGAUUUCCCUUGGUGUAACUAAAUGCAGAAUUUGGCCCUAAAUAUAUUAAAGGCAUUAGAGCAGUGGGGAUGAUUUUUUCCCCUCCUUCCUCCCAUAUCUGAUGGACAGGUGUGCAUGAAAGGGUGGGAGAAGCAGUGGCUAGUCAUGCUUGAAAGGAACGCGCAUGGUAGAGUAUUGGGGCACCAGAUCCAAUCAGAAAACGAAGGAACUCCUUGGAGCUGAAAGAUCCAAAACAACCAUGUACUUAGAGGUAAUAUGAAUAUGUAACCACAAUCCUGGGAAAAGGAGGUAAUGGUGCUCCUUUCUGUGGACUUGUGGUCAGCACAGCUGGGAUGUUAUAUUCAGAUCUAUUACAUUUCCUUAGCAGAAAGGUAUUGAAAAUGGGAGAGAGUUCAGAGAAGAGCAACAAAAAUAACCAGGGAGCUGGAAGGAUUGUUCAGGCCCCUGGAUGCAGUCAAUGGUAUGACUGACAGUCCUGGAUUCAGAUGGUAAUAACAAACAGCACAUAUAAAAUGGUUGUCAGGAGUGACUGUCUGUGGCUUGGUGAGCUCAACCUGGUGGUGCAUCCAGCAUGGUUUGGUGUUGCUGAUACUGUUUCCUCUUUUAUUUCCAUCCCUCAUUUCCUGCUUUCUGCAGCCAUCCUGGAACUGACUGGCACCCACGACACUGAAGGGACAUGGAAAAGUUCCAUCACUUUGCCAUGUAUCUACGGGCCUUCCCAGGACUUUGUGCAGCAAACAGUCAUUUGGACCCUGGUCCGAGAUCAAAGCCCUGCUACCGUCUUUCGAAGGGAUAGCUCUGGCGAUCACAUCAUGUUGUCACGGUACAGAGGUAGGGUCAGCGUCCCAAAAUACAGUCCAGGGGAUGUCUCUCUUGAAAUUGAGAAGCUUGAAAUAACAGACAGUGGACACUACACUUGCAAAGUCACCUGGAGAGCCCAGAACAACAGCUUGCUAACCAAGGAGAGAACCACUACAAUUAAGGUUGUUAAAGUUGCAGUGACUAAACCCAUCAUCAGAGCAGGCAAUCUGGGAUUCACUGUACCAAAAGGGGCUAGAACAAGCCUGACCUGCUCUGCCAAUGGGUCCCCACCCAUCACCUACCGAUGGUUCAAGGGAGAGCCAGGAGGAAACACAGUGCUUGUGAGCAAUCACGCCGUACUCAUGUUUGAUUUGCUGCGAACGUCUGACACGGGGAAAUAUUACUGUGAAGCAGAAAACAGAGUAAGCUCACAAGUCAUGCAGCAGAGUGACGCAGUGCAGCUGACUGUGAGGGACCUCACAAAACCAGCAACCACAGUACCCAGCUCUGAGAACAAGGCGAACACCACGGCCAAGCCUGUCUCAGAAAGAGAGCUGAUCACCACAGCCUUGGCACCUGGGAGUGAGGUGCGAGUUCCAGAAACGCAUGAAGUGACAGCGGGCCACCGGAGGACUGGCCUGCCCUUCUAUCUCAUCAUCCUGAUCGUUGUGCUCUGUGUGGCUGUGGUUUUUGUUGUCGUCGCUGUCAUCUUGUGCAGGAGAAAGACCAAGGAGGAUAAUCCAUAUGAAGUAACAUAUCAAAACACGAGGAAUGACACGAGAAGACAGACUUGUUCAGGAGUCAAUGACAAGUGCAAGUAUGAGGAGGGAAAACCCACAGUCAAAAACAACUUCAUGACACAGCCUGUGAAAGAGAAUGAAUAUGAGACAAUAAGCAUAAAGGAAACCAAUGAAUGCAAGAGCCUUGUGAACGCAAUGGAAUCUGAAUAUGAAGUGGGGGAUGUUCAGUAGGAACCAGCAUUUUCAUGCAAGCAGGAGUGCAGAAGAUAGAGCUGGAGAGCUUGAACGGUGACCCUUCACCAAGGGAAACCUUCCUUCCUGUCUGUCUUCUCCUCUGAUAAAUAUUCUAAACUCCUUCCUUUACUUGUUCAAGGGGAACUGUGUCACCUUCUGCUUCUUCAGCAAAUUGAGCUCUGGCCUUUGUUGCAGAAACCCUCAGCAAAGCAGUUAUCUAUCUGAUUUAUGCAGUGAUUAAUUUGUGAGCAUCCUGGGGGACGGGUGUCAGGGCUAAAGGGGCUCCACAAAAGUCUUGAAGCUGCAGGUCAAGGUAAAUAGUGGAUUGUAACAUACCCAACAAAUGAUCAUUAAAACAAUAAAAAGAUCUAUAAUGAUAGAAAGUUACUGAAUGCUUAGGGCCAGGGAACUUUAUUAAAAGGCGGAAAGUUCUCUGGCUUCCUCCACUACAAUUAAACCACUGAUUUUACAUCUUAUUUGCACUCAGGUCUUCUCCCCAAGAUGUGGGGUGGGGUGGUAAAGGGACCGUAAGGGUUUGGUUGAUGUCCGGGGUGCGUCAGAUUGGAGGAAGGCAUCUUUCUUUCCUGCCUCUCUUCUGGAAAAUCAGAGUUGAUGUUGGGGAAACCACUACAGCUUGACUUUAGGGUGGGGGGAAAUAGGAACACAAUAUAACAGGAAUGUUGCAGAACUUUGUCAUCCUGAGUCAGAGCUUAGAGGGGAAAGAAAGGGAUGGUCUAGUGAUAUGAGCAAUGGUUUGGGAACCAGAAUCGCCUGAGUUUUAACAUAGACUCUGACACCGGCUCACUGUGUGUCCUUUGGCACGUGUCUCAAUCUGUCUGCUUCACUUAUUUAUCUGUGUAACGGAGAUAUUAAUACUGGCCUAUCUCACAGGGAUGUUGUGAGGCUUUCAUGUUUGUAAAGUGCCUUGAACAUAGCAAGUGCUUGAUAAGCGCUGAGUAUUUUAAUAUUCUCCCAUGGUAAUUGCAAAGGGGUCUCAAGGAGUCUAUUGAAUCUUGACUCUGACCACUUUGGUCUUUCAUCAUCCAAUGCAUGCUCGUUCUGUUUCCUGCAAUUUGUUCCCCUUGCUCUCUUGUCUGAUGUAACUCUGCAGAGUGAUUUGGGGUACAGCGUGCCCUACUCAAAAUAAAGUUAGAUGGUGUUUUCACA